GGUGUGGUCCAGGACCCAGGACCUGCAGCUGAGCGCUGAGCAGAGCUAUGACCCCAACAUGAGCCUGGACAACCAGUCACUACUCCACUACCACUGGGACUGUGUCACCACCUCCAAGGGGCCAUCGUACUGUUCCAGUCUGAACUUUGGUCUGGGGUCGAGUGGUCCUGUCCUGGGUAUCCCUGGCUCUGAGCUCCAGGCAGAUGUAGAGUACACCUUCAGACUGACGGUCCGCAAGGAGGGAAUGGCCCCAGAGUCUACUACACAGACCGUGCUGGUCCAGAGUGGUCGUAUCCCCAUGGUCUAUCUGGAGUGUGUCUCCUGUAAGGCCCGGUCCAUCUUCGAGGUCAGUCAGAACUCCUAUGUCUACCUGGCUGGAACCUGCACCAACUGUCACCACUUCCACCGCGGGCGUUGGACGGCCGCCACCCUUCGUAACGAGACCCUGGUCCUGGACUCCAGCAGCACAACAACCGGACGUGACAGUAUGAACCUGGUUCUCCGCCAGGGCAUCCUGCAAGACGGAGACUCCUACGUCUUCACCCUCCACGUAACCGACGGCAACAUGGACCGCGAAGGCGUGGCGUCCAUCACGCUACAGCCCAACAUGCCCCCGGCGGGCGGGGACUGUGACCUGCGAGUGGGGGGAGGAGGAGAGGGGGGACCAAUCAGAACACUGGUGGACAGGGUGUACUUCAACUGUUCAG